GCUCGAGCGCCAGCAAUUCCAGGCUGCAAAGACUGCAGCGACAUGGACUGCCAAGGCUUGCGCCGUAGCUUGCGCUGGCUGCGGCCCAUGGAGUGAUGAGCGAGGCACCGGAAGCGCAAGACGGCGAAAAGCCGGAGAAUGCCGCGCCCGGCUCGCCGGCCGCCGGAGACCUCUGGAAGCGGCGGAAAGCCUACCCAGCACUGGGCAUCAGUGUCAUCGAUGCGGAAGAGAACGAGGAUUCACUGGCGAUCAAGUUCCGGGGCAAUGGCGCCACAUCCAGGAACUCGCUGGACCUGCGGACGCAGAUGCUCAAGGGACGCACCAAGGAGCAGGCGGAGCUCCUGGCCAUCGCCGGAGGGCUGCAGAAGGGCGUCGAGGACCUGCUGGCUGGAAGGAUCUUCCAUCCCCAGGCUGUGGCGGACGACUGGGUGGACGCGGUGAGUCAACCCUCCGACUCCACCUCCAGCGAUGAGCACAGCGAGGGGCCACAGUCCCCGGCGGCAGAGAAGGUGGCGCCAGAGAAGGCGGCGCCGGAGCCGGAGGCGCCUCCUGUGGCGCUGAGGCACAAACUGGUGGGGAUGCCCAACUGGGCUGAGAAGGAGGUGCACUCUGACAGUCAGGAGUCGCAUGACGAGGAGGCUGCAAUAGAAGACAGCGAUGAUGACAGCACGGGUAGCUUCCUCUACAUCGACCCCCACGAUAUAGAUGAUGUGGUGCAAGAGAUCGAUGAUGGCAAGCUUCAGCAACAAGUGAACUUGGGGCGAGCUGCCACGAAUCGCAUCAUGUACGAGUGGAAGGAGAACGCGCGAGUGAAGGUGAUGGAAGACUUGAACAAUUGGUUUCAAGAGCGCAAGGAGAAAGCCGCAUUGGAUGCUGUAGCCUUCGAUGACACGGAGGCAGCCAGCAAAGCGGUGGCAGCAGCAGAAUUUGAAGCUAUUUGCGGCAUAAAGACAUCGAUCGAACGAAAGGAAAUGGCACUGGUUUCAUCGGUCAGUGGCUUUCGGCAAAACAUGGACAAGAGAAUCCGGCAGCAUUGGAAUGCCAAGCGCAAGGCCCGAGAUGACGCCUUGGCACAGGUGCACAAGGAAGAAGAAGAGCGCAGGCAACAGAGAUUGAGGCGGCAGCAGGAAAGGGCGGCAAAGAGGUUUAUGGACAUCGACGACCAAAUUGGCGAGCUCAAGGAUAGCAUCGACCAGGUGAAGGCGGACAUCCACAAGCAGGAGCUUCGCCAGUUCUCAGUCCCCCAGAAGCGCAAGUCCGCGGUCGGGGGCAACAAAGCCACGGCCGUGCUGAACAUCAUCGCUGCCCAGCAGGAAGAAGCUCAGAUCCUCUCCGGGAAGCUGGCUGUGCAAAGCCAAAUGCUGGAGACCAUCGAAGACGCGCUGGAGAAGGCCAAAGCCUUCUUCAGCAGCGCAGCGUUCAAGAACAAGAAGGUCCGCACUCUGCCGGCUGAUGAUCCGGCCGGAGAGAUGGUGAAUGAGGCCAUGAUCGCCACAAUGAAGACGGUCUUGGCACAGCUCAUGUUCGAGGACGAGUCCUUGGCGGAGACCAUCUCUCUCGCUAUCAGCUUGACGAACAGGCCAGGAGGCAAGAAGAGGGCCAGGAACGGCUUCCUGAGACUGGACGACAUCCUCCAGGAUAAGGAGCCCAAGCACGCAGAGACCACGCUCGGGGGAGAGAUCGUGGUGAGCAGCGAUCCCAUCGAACGGCAGCGCAAGCUUCAGGAGAUCGAAGACGAGUGCACCAAGCUGCAGGAGGAGAUCACCAUCCUUGAGGGUGUGGACCACAUCUCGGUGGAUGGGCACUCGAGCCCCGGUAGCCCCCGCAGCAGGGCCGACGCCGAGGAACAGGAGGAGACUGAUACUCGGACGGAGCUGGAGAAGCGCCACGAUCAGGCUAUGGAGCUGCUGCUGGAGACGGGCACCGCCACCAUCGAGGCCAUCCGCCAGAAGAAGGCGAUCUUUACGACUUCAGGAACGAAGGGCAGACAGAAGUCCGAAGGAGGAAACUCUGAAGGCGAUGCUCAGGAGGACCCAAGUGCCGCCAUCGAGGCGGCGAAGAAGGAGCUGGACCAGCAGAAGGCCAAGGCUGCGCAAUUGGCGCAGGAGGAGAAGGAGGCAAAGAACAAGCUGAAGCAGUUGAGAGCAGUGAGUGCCAAGUCGUCCGCGAGCCCUGCUAUGACGAGAAUUGCGACAAACCUCAGCGCGAGUGGGAGUGCUGGGUUUGAGGUGCUUGGCGGCGUGGGCUCCGCCACUGCCUCGGACAUCUCCGCGGAGUCGGACCUGGAGGCGGAGCCGGAGGCCAUGGCGUGGCUCGGAAGAAGCAGCGGCUUCAAUGCCACUGGAGGCAGCGGCCCCGGCAGCCCCGGCAGCCCCGGCGGCCCUGGCAGCCCCGGCAGCCCCGGCAGCCCCAGCACCGGCGCCGGCGGCGCCGUUGCCGCCACCGGCACGGCAGAAGCGGGAGCAACGGCUUCAGGCGGCGAAGGCGUCCCAGACGUCCCAGGCGGAGGCUCGAGUGCGAGUAGCGCCUCCGGCGCCGGCUCCGUCCCGGCAUCCCCCAGCGCCCUUGGAUUGCGUGCUCGUCGGAGGUCUAGCAUCAUCAACUUGGAGGAGGUUCAGGACCUCUCCUCGGGAUUGGCGAAGCAGCUGCAGGAGAACGAAGCUGCACGAAAAGAGCUCGAGGAGUUGCAGAAGGCCAUCGAAGAGCUGAAGCGGCGCCCAAGGGAGCUGCAGACUCCGACGGCGAGAUCGCAAGCGCCAACUUCACUCGGAACGCCCAGCCUUCCAGCCACCCCGGUCUCGCCGGCCACAACUGGAGGAGACCCUCCCAGCCCAUCGAAGAGGAGAAGCCUCAAAAUGGUGCAGACGCGCUCGGAACCUGCGUCCCCGGCAUCGCCGAUUUCCCCAGGCAGAAGAUCCACGUCCAGGGGCUCCCGGAAGUCGCUGGCCUCGCCGCGCCGCGCGAGUGCGCGGCCCGCCACGGAAGAGGAGGAGGAGGCUGCCGAGGAGGUGCGGGAGCAGAAUGCCACGAGGCUGAAAGACCUCAUCAAGGACGUCCAGAAACUGAAUGAGGAGAAGGACGUCUACGAGAAGGAGCUGGCCUCCAUCGAAGAGAAGAUCCGCAAAGUGAAGUCCAUGGACUCCGGCGGGGUGGUGGCGCUGCUCAAGAAGGACGUCGUGGCUGAGAAGAAGGUGGACAGCGCAGAGGUGAAGGAGAUCAAGGGGGACAUCAAGAAGAAGCAAGCCCAGGUGAAUGCCAUGCGCAGGACAUGGCAGGAGAUGCAGGGCUCCAACAACCGCCGCAACGCCUUGAUCCCGGGCGCUGAGGAGGAGAGGCAGCGGGAGAUCGCGAAGCGUUUCGCGCAUGUGCUCUCCUUCCUCCGGGCGGCCAGAGAGACCGAGCUGGCGGAGCAGGCCAAGAGAGCCGGCCUCGUCACCGAGAGCAACGCGCAGGUGGUGGGCAGGAGCGCCUCGAAAUUUCUCAGCGCCAUCAAGAAGGUGCGGGUGGCGGAGCCCGUGGCAUCGCGUGGGCCCAGCCCUAUGCCGCCUGUGCCCGACGAUAAGCCGAGCGAGCGCGCGACGACCUACACCAGCGGCGCUUUGCUUGUGCCUGGUGGCUCUCCGGAAGGCGCAGCCAAGCAAGGCUUUGGCCGUUUGAUGGCAGAGGCCAUGACGGGUCAGCGCGGAGUCAUCGGUCCAGGCGAGUCGCCAGACGAGGACGCAGCAAAUCCAAGGUUCGCACGCAGGGCGUCUAUGUCCUUGAAGGCUGCGCCAGAAGAGGGCGGAAGGCGUCGAUCCUUUGACAACAUCCUGAUGAAGGCGAAGUUGAAGAAGCCCAAGGAUGAGGGAGCACUCCCUGAACCUCAGCCUUGCCAGGAGUCGCCGAGCUCAAAGGUGAACUCUGCUGUCCGAUUUGCGCCGGCAGAGGAGAAGUCUCCGGAGCCAUAGGUCUCACUGAAGGCUUGCUCGACACUUGUACAGCGGGUAGGCCGG